CUAUCCAUCCGCCCGGCUGCCUCCGUUAAACUCCAAUCCGUGCACACCACGCUCCAGUACACUUCCGCCCCCGCCUGGAAUCUGGAUUGAUGGAGGUGACGAGAAAUAGAUGCACCGGAGUGAAUGAAUGAAUGACGCGAGAUCUCCCUCCAUGUCCAUCCCCAGCCAUUCCGCCACCAUCCUUCACCGCUGGCCGCAGUGAGUGACGCCCUCACUCUGCCUGCCUACAUUCAUUCCCAUUCCCCUCCCCACGCCCGCGUCACCACAGCAGAGCCAGCCUUCACUCCACUCCAACCACCACCACCGCUCCACCCCACAAUGCAGCCCCUUCUCGGGCUAGCCCUCCUCGCCCUGCUGCUCCUGGCCUCGCCGGCGCCGGCGCUCUGCCGCCACCGCGCGCCCGCCGCGGCCACCACCGAGACGCUCGACGUCGAGGCCUCCCUCUCCCGCGCCCGCGCCGCCGUCUCCACCGACGCCAGCCCCCUCCACCAGUCCCUCUCCGCCACCGACACCAAUGUUCUCCCCGUGGAGGAGCACCCCAGCGGGCCGAGCGGCCGGCUCGCGCUGCGGCUCCACUCGCGCGACUUCCUCCCGGAGGAGCAGGGGCGGCACGAGAGCUACCGGUCGCUGGUGCUGGCCCGCCUGCGCCGCGACUCGGCCCGCGCCGCCGCGCUGUCUGCCCGCGCUUCGCUGGCCGCCGACGGGGUCUCCCGCGCCGACCUGAGGCCGGCGAAUGCCACCCCAGUCUUCGAGGCGUCGGCGGCGGAGAUACAGGGCCCCGUGGUGUCCGGCGUGGGGCAGGGCAGCGGCGAGUACUUCUCCCGCGUCGGCGUCGGCCGCCCCGCGCGGCAACUCUACAUGGUGCUCGACACCGGCAGCGACGUCACCUGGCUGCAGUGCCAGCCCUGCGCCGACUGCUACACCCAGUCCGACCCCGUCUACGACCCAUCCGUCUCUGCCUCCUACGCCGCCGUCGGCUGCGACUCCCCGCGCUGCCGCGACCUCGACGCCGCCGCCUGCCGCAACUCCACCGGCUCCUGCCUCUACGAGGUGGCCUACGGCGACGGCUCCUACACCGUCGGCGACUUCGCCACCGAGACGCUCACGCUCGGCGACUCCGCGCCGGUCUCCAACGUGGCCAUCGGGUGCGGCCACGACAACGAGGGCCUCUUCGUGGGCGCCGCCGGGCUGCUGGCCCUCGGCGGCGGCCCGCUGUCCUUCCCGUCGCAGAUCUCCGCCACAUCCUUCUCCUACUGCCUCGUGGACCGCGACUCCCCGUCCUCCUCCACGCUGCAGUUCGGCGACUCGGAGCAGCCGGCCGUGACGGCGCCGCUCCUCCGCAGCCCGCGCACCAACACCUUCUACUACGUGGGGCUAUCCGGCAUCUCCGUCGGCGGGCAGGCCCUCUCCAUCCCGGCCUCCGCCUUCGCCAUGGACGACGCGGGGUCGGGCGGCGUCAUCGUGGACUCCGGCACGGCCGUGACCCGGCUCCAGUCGGGCGCAUACGCCGCGCUCCGCGAGGCGUUCGUGCAGGGCACCCAGUCCCUGCCCCGCGCGUCCGGCAUCUCGCUCUUCGACACCUGCUACGACCUCGCCGGCCGCUCCAGCGUGCAGGUGCCCGCGGUGGCGCUGCGGUUCGAGGGCGGCGGGGAGCUGAAGCUGCCGGCGAAGAACUACCUGAUCCCGGUGGACGGGGCGGGCACCUACUGCCUGGCGUUCGCGGGGACGAGCGGCGCCGUGUCCAUCAUCGGCAACGUGCAGCAGCAGGGCGUGCGCGUCAGCUUCGACACCGCCAAGAACACCGUCGGCUUCACCGCCGACAAGUGCUAGUGCGCCGGCCACUCCUUCGCCGCGAGCGAGCUCGAUUAAUUAGCGAGCGAGUGAUUAAUUAGCGUGCGUGCGUGCGUGCAUGUGGUAAUUAAGCGGGGUGGUGUGGGGGCGGAGGCUUUGGGAAAGGGAAAGGCGAAGGACGGAAACAAAUGCCAGCCUGUGCCUCGUUGCUUGCUUGCUUUGGCGGUGAUGGAUGAGUGGUCUGGUCUCUGGUCUAGUGUAGCCUACCGUCCUUCUGGUCUGGUCGUCCUCGUCGUCGUCUACCUCUGUCCGUGUAACUGUGUCACUGUGUCCAUGGGCUCGAGCUCGCCGUCGCCAUGGAUGUGUGUGCGUGCUGCUGCUGCUACUACUUCCACGUGAACGAAUUUGUUCAUGGUUGUUCCUUUUUUCAACAAAAAGAAAAGCUUGUUGUUUAUUGCCCA